AUGUCGUUCAAUGUAAAAUCAUCAAGCACAACAGCACCACCGCGUUCAUCUCAAUAUGUUGGACCCUAUCUUCUACAGAAAACUUUAGGAAAAGGUCAAACAGGACUUGUCAAAUUGGGUGUUCAUUAUUUAACGGGAGAAAAAGUUGCUAUUAAAAUUGUUAAUCGUGAAGCUUUAUCCGAAUCCGUAUUGAUGAAAGUUGAACGAGAAAUAGCGAUAAUGAAAUUAAUUGAACAUCCACAUGUAUUACGUUUAUAUGAUGUGUAUGAAAGUCGAAAAUAUUUAUAUCUAAUUUUGGAACAUGUUGCUGGUGGUGAACUUUUUGACUAUCUUGUAAAAAAAGGUCGUUUAACACCAAAAGAAGCAAGAAAAUUUUUUCGACAAAUUAUAUCAGCACUUGAUUUUUGUCAUAGUCAUAUGAUAUGUCAUCGUGAUUUAAAACCGGAAAAUUUAUUACUUGAUGACAAGAUGAAUAUUCGUGUAGCAGAUUUCGGUAUGGCAUCGUUACAAGUCGAAGGAUCGUUUCUAGAAACUAGUUGUGGUUCACCACAUUAUGCUUGUCCGGAAGUAAUCAAGGGUGAAAAAUAUGAUGGACGGAAAGCUGAUGUUUGGUCAUGUGGUGUUAUUCUAUAUGCGUUACUUGUGGGUGCCUUGCCGUUUGAUGAUGAUAAUCUUCGACAAUUACUUGAAAAAGUAAAAAAAGGUGUUUUUCAUAUUCCACAUUUUGUUCCAGUUGAUUGUCAACAACUACUACGUGGAAUGAUCGAAGUCGAUCCAAACAAACGAUUGAAGUUGGAAGAUGUUAGUCGACAUUCAUGGGUGACACAGUACGUAACUAGCGAACAUACGCCUAUUCAUCGUCGUAAUCGUAUACCGAUAUCAUCUAAUCGUUGUACAUCUUCAUCGUCAAUUAAAAGAAAAACACAGCAUCCUUCGUCUAUGUUCGUGAAAUCUUAUAUUGUUUUUAAAGGAACAAAAGCUGAACUUGAACUGGAAUUACCAAUGGUGCAAGUUGUUCAAACAACAAUCAUUCCGAGUGAAGAAGAUAUUGAUGCCGAUGUAUUUGCAGCUAUGACAUCAUUAGGCUGUUUUAAAGAUCGACAAAGAUUGAUUGAAGCUUUAUUAAAUUCAAAGCAUAAUACAGAAAAAGUCAUUUAUUUUCUUUUACUUGAUCGUAAACUGCGUCAACCAAGUUAUGAAGAUGUUGAAGAUGCAAAACAACGAAGUCAUUCGGGAUCACCGGAUGUACCACAAAAACGUGUUGAUCGACAUCGUUCGAAUGGAACAAAUCCUGGACAAAGUCCAAAUCCCAAUACACAUCGAUCGGGUAUUGUUGGACAACUUGCUGAAGGUUCGCCUUUAGUACCAAGACGACAAUUAUAUUCAAACAUAAGUAAUAAAACAAUCUCAGCAAAUAAUACUCCAUCGAUCAGUCCAUGUUCAUCUCCGACAAUCACCAAGAAAGAUGUAUUCAAUAAAAUUACAGCUUUUACUUCUGGUAAACCAUCCGUUGAAACUCCUCCUCCAGUAAAUCCAGCUCCACAAAUCCAUCGACAUCAUCGUAAUACAUCGACUGUAUCACAGAAUGAAAACAUUCUUACCACACAACCAUCGACACAAUCAAUUGCCAUUAGUAGUGAUCAAUCCUAUUCAUCGGUUAAUGCAGAAGCUGCAAUUAACAAUGGCUCAAGAUCUUCUCAACCAUCUCGACGACAAUACGCCCCACCACCGGUACCUCAAACAUCCGAAUCUAGUAAUAUCGAACUACCAGCAUCGGUCCUCUCGAACAAUAACAGUAAUAGCAACAAUUCACUUAUAUAUACACCACCAAGUCAAUCGAAUCUUGCGCAAACACCAAAUAAUAAUAAUCAAUGGAGACAUAAAUUAAAUAAUUUAAAACAAAGUUUUCAAAAUGUUGGUACGCCUCGAUUUCAUCGACGACCGAAAAUUUUAUUAAAUGAAAGUGAUAGUUCAACGACAUCGAAUUCACCCUCUCAAUAUGGUACAACACCGGAAGCAACCAAAAAAUCUUUAUUUCAUCAUAUUAUUGAUGCUAUGCAAGAAGAUCAUCAUAUGAUUGUUGUUAAAGAUCGACCAUUGGCAGCUAUCAAAACCGAUCUUAUUCAUGCAUUUUUAUCGACUCCCGAUCUCGUGCAUAAUGUUCUAUCGGGCACACAAUAUCGAUGUGAAUAUCGUCGGCCAGAUCGUUCGUCUAUGUUUCAGCGUAAUAUACGUUUUCAUGUAGAAAUUUGUACAGUAAAAUCAAUGGAUUCAUCUUCACCUGACACCUAUUAUGUUACAUUCACACUGAUUACUGGACAAGCAAGACGUUUCAAAAAAUUGUGUGAAGAAAUUCAAACACUUUUUACAACGAGUAAAGAACGUCUAGCGAAACAAAGGCGACCACAACCACAACAAAUAAAUGAUACUCGACCUGCAACCAAUAAUAGUGGUAGUUACUCAGUUAAUACAGGCACAAUAAAUACACUACCAACGAAUUCAAAUAUGCCAAUGACAGUUAGACCGAAUGCUUCAUUUAUUUCAUCGUUAUUCGGAAAUACAAAUUCACCAAAUUUAAAACCCACUGUGACUUCAGCUCAACAGCACCAAUCAUCUUCUUCAUCUAUUUCGUCUCUUUCAUCAACAUCCAAUGUUUCAUUGACAAAUCCUCCACCAGGAGUAAAUCAUUCACCAUAUUCAGUAACAUCGUCAAUAGAUGACGAUCCAACAGUCGAAUCUACACGUCUGAAGCUUGCUCAUCGUCUUGCUAUCUAG